UUACAAGUUAAAGGAGUGGAAGAAGAUCGAACAAGAGAGGUAUACCAAGCAUGUCUGAAAUUAAUACCUCAUAAAGUAUUCACCUUCGCAAAGAUAUGGCUCCUGGCAGCUCAGUAUGAAAUUCGUGAAAAAAACUUAACUGCAGCAAGGAAGCUUUUGGGCACUGCUAUUGGAAUGCGUCCGAAAGACAAGCUGUUCCGAGGUUAUAUUGAUUUGGAAAUCCAGUUAAGAGAGUUUGAUAGAUGUCGUAUUUUGUACCAGAAAUUUUUAGAAUUUGCACCAGAAAACUGCACCACUUGGAUGAAGUUUGCUGAGCUUGAAACCAUUCUUGGAGAUUUUGAACGUGCUCGUGCUAUAUACGAAGUUGCCAUUAACCAGCCUAGAUUGGAUAUGCCUGAAGUUAUAUGGAAGGCAUACAUUGAUUUUGAAAUAGAGCAGGAAGAAUUUGACCUUGCAAGACAAUUGUAUGAAAGACUUUUAGAAAGAACACAACAUGUAAAGGUUUGGAUAAGUUUUGCAAGAUUUGAACUUGGCUGUGGAGAAGGAAAAAAUGCUAUUUUGCAAGCAAGGCAUGUUUAUGAGAAAGCAAACAAAAGUCUGAAAAAUUCUAGUGAAAAGGAAGAGAGACUUAUGCUUCUAGAAGCAUGGAAAGAGUUUGAGGAGCAAUAUGGAGAUGAGCAUUCAAAGGAAGAAGUUGAAAGACUAUUACCAAAGAAAGUUAAGAAGCGAAGGAAAAUUAUGAAUGAAGAUGGGACUGAAGGAGGAUGGGAAGAAUAUUAUGACUACAUAUUCCCAUCUGAUGAAGUUGCAAAACCACAUUUAAAACUACUAGAGCUUGCCAAAAAGUGGAAAAAAUCUCAAGAAACAACUAAAGAAAGCAAUACAUCUGAAACAGAAAACAUGGACAGCUGAACUCAGUUGCCAUUUUGUAAACAGACUGAUCAUCUGACAUAUAUAUAUGUCUUUGUAAAGAUGUGAAUGUACAUAAUUUAAAAUGUAAAUAAAAUUUUUAUUACUUACAUAUAAAA